AUGGCUUUCGGAAUGCAGCCAUAUGGGAUUCUGGGAAUGCUCAAGGAAGGGUACAAGCACCUGUCUGGGCUCGACGAAGCUGUUAUCAAGAACAUCGAAGCCUGCAAACAACUCUCCAUGAUCACCAGAACUUCUCUCGGUCCCAAUGGUAUGAAUAAAAUGGUUAUCAAUCAUCUGGACAAGCUUUUCGUAACAAAUGAUGCUGCCACUAUUGUGAAUGAACUUGAAGUUCAACACCCUGCUGCCAAGCUUUUGGUUUUGGCAGGCAAGGCGCAGCAGGCAGAAAUCGGUGAUGGAGCUAAUCUAACUGUUUCGUUUGCUGGGGAGCUUCUCCUAAAUGCUGAGGAGCUGAUUAGGAUGGGCCUGCAUCCUAGUGAGAUCAUCAUUGGCUACACAAAAGCGAUAAUAAGACAAUCAGUAUCUUAG